GCCGGCGGGCGGGAGAGCGGGCGGGGCGGGGCGAGGCGGGGCGGGGCAGGGGGCUCCGGGCGCGCUGGGAGCCGCCGGACCCAGACCUGGACGCCGACCGCCGCGGGGGGACGCGCGGCCCCCGCCUCCGCCCGCGGACCUCGGGACGGAGCCUCAAUUUAGAAAUAGGUUGCGAGCCGCAGGCCAGGAGCUUUGGCCGACCCCCCGCCCCCCACCAGGGACCUCCGUCGUCCCCGGGACGGCCGGCCGUGGGCGCGAUGAGCCAGGUGCUGGGGAAGCCGCAGCCGGAGGAGGAGGAGGACGACGACGAGGAGGAGGAUGAGCUGGUGGGGCUAGCGGACUACGGAGACGGGCCCGACUCCUCGGACGCCGAGCCGGACAGCGGGGCGGAGGAAGGAGUUCUGGACUUUAGCGACCCCUUCAGCACGGAGGUAAAGCCGAGGAUCCUGCUCAUGGGCCUAAGAAGGAGUGGCAAGUCAUCCAUCCAGAAAGUCGUCUUUCAUAAAAUGUCUCCCAAUGAAACUCUGUUCUUGGAGAGCACGAACAAGAUCUGCCGGGAGGACGUUUCCAACAGCUCCUUUGUUAAUUUUCAGAUAUGGGACUUCCCAGGACAGAUUGACUUUUUCGACCCCACCUUUGACUAUGAGAUGAUCUUCCGAGGGACAGGAGCGCUGAUAUUUGUCAUAGACUCCCAGGACGAUUACAUGGAGGCCUUGGCCAGGCUCCACCUCACCGUGACCAGGGCCUACAAAGUCAACACCGACAUCAACUUCGAGGUGUUUAUCCACAAAGUGGAUGGCCUGUCAGAUGACCACAAAAUUGAAACCCAGAGGGACAUCCACCAGAGGGCCAAUGAUGACCUUGCAGAUGCCGGGCUAGAAAAAAUUCAUCUCAGCUUUUAUCUGACAAGCAUAUAUGACCAUUCAAUAUUUGAAGCUUUUAGCAAAGUGGUUCAGAAACUGAUUCCACAACUUCCCACCCUGGAGAAUUUGCUGAACAUCUUUAUCUCAAAUUCUGGAAUUGAAAAGGCGUUUCUCUUCGAUGUGGUCAGUAAGAUUUAUAUUGCAACAGAUAGCACCCCUGUGGAUAUGCAGACCUACGAGCUCUGCUGUGACAUGAUCGAUGUGGUCAUUGAUAUUUCAUGUAUUUAUGGCCUCAAAGAAGAUGGAGCAGGAACCCCCUAUGACAAGGAGUCAACAGCCAUUAUAAAGCUGAAUAAUACAACAGUUCUCUAUUUGAAAGAGGUGACAAAGUUCCUGGCUCUUGUGUGCUUCGUCAGAGAGGAAAGCUUUGAAAGAAAAGGGCUGAUUGACUAUAAUUUUCAUUGCUUCCGGAAGGCCAUCCAUGAAGUGUUUGAGGUGAGAAUGAAAGUAGUGAAAUCGCGAAAGGUUCAGAAUCGGCUGCAGAAGAAGAAAGGAACCACCCCCAACGGGACGCCUCGGGUGCUGCUGUAGGUGGGGUUUCAGGAGCAUCUUUGGAAAUCAGACGUUUCAGUGAAGCUGCUGCCCUGUGUUGCACUAAAGGAAGAGGAGGAAGGAGAUGGGGACACAAGACACACGUUUGUUGUAAAAAAACUCAAGGAAGAGGAGGAAGGAGAUGGGGACAUAUGACAUACGUUUGUUGUUUAAAAAAAAAGAGAUCCUGCCACCCUUUCUUUUAAUCUUCUCUUUUUUAAAUAAAGUAAGCACUUUGAAGCAAAAACUUGUAUAUUAACAAUGAAGUGAAAUCUACUGUAACUUCAUUACACAAAUGUAAACUUUUAUGGUCCGUAGUCAGAAAAAAUCCUGUGUGCGCACUGCCAGGAACUGUAUAUAUUUUGCACUUUUUCAUGUUUUCUUUUUCUCAUGGAACUAAACUUUGAUAAAACAACUUUUCUAAGCUUUGUUCUGUCCUUGGUGUCUAGGACAUGCAUACUGAGUCUGUAUCUAUGGGGCAAACGGAAAUUAAUCAAAAAAUGAUGCAUUAGCAAUUACUUUUUUAAGCAUGGGAAUCUUUGCUACCAAUUGUUGAGAAAAAUCAUUUUUCCAUGGAGGAACAGCUUGGGGCGGCAAGCUCCAGGAGCAAUAAGACCUGUCCCCUGUUUAUAACGGAUAUAAAUAGACGUUUUAUAGAAUAAUAUUAGCACCAAACUUAUCUAAACAUUUCUAUAGCUGUGACAGUGCUUCCCUCCGUGACAGUUUUUAUAAAACUCUUUACCUCAACAGACAUCUCUAAAACCAUUUUAUACAGAGAGGUUCUUUCUUUCUGCUGUGUUAUUGUUGUCUUUUGGGACCAUAUUUCCAAAAUGGUGCCAAUCACUGGAGAGAAAUGGGAAUGUCGCUGAAUUGCAGGGUUUCCGAAGGCUUUUCUGUACCUGCCACUGAGGCUAAAGUAAUAUCAGAAGCUACAUGGUUUCCCAAAUGGAGGUGACUAGCAUUUGCAGAUUUAAAAAUAUAUCCAAUUUUAAAAUAUAUACAGUUUUUCGCCUCUGUGGAAUGGGCCUCUUGCCAUGCAAGAAUCCAAAUGUUUAUUUAGGACCAGUUUCUUUUUUUCUCCUUUUGACAUUGUUCCACAACCACAGGCAAUAUUUCAGUUCUCGGCCACAGAACUGAAUCCUGGCGGGCACAUCCAUCACCUCUGAGUCUCCUCAGCUGUGACAGCGUGCCUCAUGGACUCUGCUUGUCCCCACCUACGACUGAGCCAGGGCUCGGCUCGCCCGCAGCAUGCUCUGCAUGGCUGAGAAAGCCGUCCUGAAAACUGCUAAAGGGCAGGGGCGAGGAUGACCAGAGGAGGCACUGUAGUUAGCUCUGUCUGUUUCUAUGAGAUUCUUCCUCUUGUGUGUACUUUAGACCAACAGCACGUGAAGAGAUUCUAAAUCUACCCCCAUCCCAAACCAUUCCAAGUAGAUAAUUCUAGUCUAUCCCAAGGCUCAGUGCCCUAAAGCAUGUUGACAGGUAUUAGAAAAUAUUCAUAUGUAUAUAUUUUUAGCAGAGCCUCGUAGGGAUAGCAAUGCUGAUCAUAGCAAAAAUGGAUAGUUCCUAAAGCAACUUUUCCUUGAGACCAUCCGUGGCUUCUUUCUAUCCUCUCCUCAUCCAUUCUUCCCAAGUCCUAUUCCUUUGAGGCUGGAAACUGCAAUUUAAGGUGGUAGCUGAUUUGAGGUUUGAGCCCUCCCAAGGAUCUGUGCAUUUUGGAAGGAAAUUUGUAAAAAUCAUGUAGGUGCCCUAACUCCCUUCCUCAUGAUUCCUGCUCAGAAGCGCUGUGUAGGAUCCCAGGGGCUCCAGGGAAGUCUUUUUCCUAAUUUCCAAACCUAUAACCAACAUGGUACCUGGAGGCUAUUCUUACAAAUCUAAUUCUUUAAUAUUUUUUACACAGUCUUUCUUUCUGAAUGUGCAAAUACAGAAUCACUUUUCUAAAACAACUUUAUCCUCAAGAUAGAGACAUUUGCCUAACUGGUAAAUCACACGUUACUUAGGUAUAUAUAUUAGUGUAACUAGGUGGAGCUUCCAUUUUUAAGCUGGGUAUAUGAUGGGUUUUGUUAAAAUGUGCCUUAAAUGCCUACUACUUCAAAAGCAAAUGAUUCUUUGGGGGAAAGGCAAAGUUAAUGCUAUGGCAUCAGACCCAAGUUCAUGGUAGUAAGUACACUCUUUGAUUAAUGACACUGAUAUAUAGAAACUGCCUCAAAGCCGUCAGCAUGGCGAUGACCUCUUAGUUAAAGAAAAUGUAGGAGUUACGUCUAAGCAUUCAGUUUCUGGAGUCUGUGCUAUUGGAAUCACAAAAUCUCUUCAGUUCCUUUUUCACUUGUUUUUGAUAUGGGACUUAGCUUUCUUACGUGUGGUCACUUUCAUGUCUCAAAUCCACCACUAUAAAUACAUAUAAGUAUACAAAAGAAUGUGUAAAUAUGAAGCUCAAAUACAUGGCUAUGGUGACUGCUGUGGAAUAUUUGUGAUCAUUUUCAAAGGUUGAGAACUUGACCUAGAGGUUUUCAGGGCAAUUAGAACUUACAUGUGGGGGUGAGACUCUGAAUUAUCAUCUUUGUUUAGUUUCGGUAAUAUAGAUUAGCGUAUAUGGCCAGAGUGGCAUAUUUCUUUUCUUUUUCAGAGUGGCAUAUUUCUGAUGGAAUAGACAUUAAAAACUGGUUGACAUUCACAGACUACUAUUUUGUGAACAUAAUAUAUUUUGGACCCUUAACUAUAAAAUGAAUAAAAACACAGCAAUAUUGUUAUGUAUGGGUUAUAUGCGAACUCUGUUUGAAAUAUAUUCAAGAAAAACAGCUGAAUUGUCUUGAUUAUUAAAGUAUGGUAUGCAUUCAA